AUGUCAUCCUGUUGUGGUUCUCGCAAAUCAAAACGCGGCGGUGGAGAUGAUACAGAGCCUCUUCUGCCUCGUUACGAAGAAGACACCUCCCGCCAACGCCAACUGCGUCAGAAACUGCAUUCCUAUCAGAUGUACAAGGCCCUUUCGGAGGGAUAUAUGCCAUCGAAUGAACAAGUCAUCACGAAUCUGCGAACUCUCUUAGCAUCAGACAUUCUCAACCCCCGCAGUGAUGAUGUGAGUGAGCCAGGCCGUCAACUGGCGCGCGAUGUAAAGACUUUGAUGAAAAGCUUUAUUGAGCUACUCAAAGAUAAGAACGAUGAUGAUCAGAUUCAGGAAUUCUUCUGGCAUCUUUCCAAGUCCAAAGUCUCACUCGAUUCUUCAGCUUUGUCUGGUCAGGCUGCACAUGUUACAUCUCAGGCCAACACGCGAGCUGCGUACGAUAGCCUUCGCACAGUUGGGGGUCUACUCCUCACCAAUGCCGAUUUCCGCCUGUUCCUCGAUGACGUCGCUACUAUUGGUCGCCAGGUCUUUGCCGACACCACCUACACCCUAGCGGAAGCCGCUCACGAAGUUGCAGAGGCUGCUGAACCCUCGCAGGAUGAGUUGAAAAAGCUUGACGGUGCCGGCGCCGAUGAUGGGAAACAACCGAGCAAGGAUGAUCUUAAAAAAGAUGUCAAUCAGAUCGCGGAUGCCGCAGAGCAAGGAAUUAUUCAUGCGGGCCAAGCGGCAAAGGAAAGCGCAGAGGAAAACUUCUCAGGACCUCAACGAGAUGCCUUGCUCAACCGACUCAAACAAGCUGUCCUUAGACUUCGGAAGCGGAACGACUACUCCGACUCAGUCUCGACUUUGUCUCGGCUUGUGCAGCGGUACGGGAUGAUAUACGCAAAUGCGGCGGAGGAAACAGCGAGCGCAGUCAGUGAAGAUGUGGAAGUCAACACAGAUCUGAAGAGAGCAGUGGACAGCUUCUGGACUCUGGUCCGAUCGUUCGGAAGUAGUCAAGAGUGGGAAUACCUGGAAAAGCGUUUCCAUGAUGUGAUGCGCCAUGCCAACAAGGAUCCAGAAUUUGAAUCUCUAUUGGGUGAUAUUGGCACAUCUCUCCAAGAAAUGCUGACUGAUCCCGCGUUUUUCGACUCGGCUCCAGAACGACUUGAUCAGCUGAAAGAAAAGUCUAAGAACGUGGAUGGUGAAUCCAGCCUUCGAAAUGAUAUUGAGGCAUUCCUACAACAAUUUCGACGUACCUUGAGGUCAAUACCUGAUGAUCCGAGUGUUGCGAAAAUGAACGCCGCUGCGAAGAAGAUUGUACGAGACGUGUCGAACGUAUACACAAAUCAGACAAGUACCAUCGUCGCUGAUGCCGCUCACACUUUUCUACCGCUGCUUAUCCGCAGUAUUCAAUAUAUACCUAUUCCAAGACUCGAGGUUUCGGUCCCAGAAAUGGACUUACUUGUUGAGAACUUGAUCUUGGAACCCGGAAGGACAGUCAACCAGUCGUCAUUUUUCCCAUAUAAGGUCCUCGUUACGUCCAAGACCAACAUGGAGCUGGCAAAGGUUCACUCGAAGAGAGCAAAGACAGAUAUCAAAACCAUACUCACCAUAAACCUACAAGGGCUCAAUAUCAGUGCAUCAGAAUUUGGCUACUGGAUUCGGGCCCAUAGCGGAUUGCUUUUCCGGUUUGGUGACGAAGGUAUCGGCAGUUUCUUCCUCGACGAGCGCGGUAUAGACGUCGCCGUUGAUCUCGAAAUCGGUCGGGAUCGGCUUGCCCAUUUGGUCACGCUUAGGGGUGUUCGUGUACAUAUUCAUAAACUGGACUACAAGAUUCAACGCAGCCGAUGGAGGUUUUUGCUUUGGCUUGUCAAGCCAUUGCUGAAGCAGUUGAUUCGUCGAACCUUGGAACGAAAGAUUGCAGAGUUUGUGGUGUCUUUGGUGGUGACCAUCAACAGGGAGUUGAUUUUUGCCCGAGAACGAUUGCGCGCGGUCAAUAUUGCCAACCCUCAAGACUACGCAACUUUCAUUCGAGCAUUGCUCGCACGGCCGAAAGCCUACGCCAACCCCGAAGUCUAUUCAAGGGUAGGCGCGUACCCUCCGCGAAGUGGAGUGUUCAAAGAUAUUUAUACGCCGGGCAGCAUAGUCAAGGUCUGGAGAGACGAAGCAGAACGGGCUCACGAUGUGAUUGAGGAGAGCGAGGAGGGCGAGAACAACGAUGGUCUUCAUUUGACAUGGCGCAACAGUAUUUUUGAUGUCAACGUGACUUCUGCUAAUUGA